ACAAAGACGAAAGAAGAAUAUAGAUGUAUAUCUCUCGUUAUAAGAGUGAUCGCGCCCGUCCGACGUGACGACGUCACAACUUUUUUGCCGCUCUUCUUUAGCCGACCAGUUUCAAUCUCUGAACCACUUUCAAUACGACGCCAAAUAAAGAUUGUAGAUCGGUAUAAUCUUGGGGGUAAAACAUAAGAGGCACUUGACGUCGGAAAAUUGUCGCAUUAUUUACAGCAGUCAUCUCAUCGCGAUCGGAUUUGUGCGCGAUAACGACCGGAAUAUAAAAAUUACAUCGGUGUAAAGAUUGAUUUGUAUUGACUUUAUCGACAUAUAUCCGUGAACAUGAGACAAAUCUUUGGUUUUCGAUUAGCAGUGGGCGUUAUUAUGUUGGAAGUUUCGUUGAAGAUCAGCGGAUUGUACACAAUCGUUGAAUGUCCAGCGGAGUUGCAAAGAGACAUCGCGAAAUACACCGAGUUGAAAUCGGUGCAAAUAAGCUGCACGAUGCAGCUACUGUGUUCUUCGGGUGGACUGACGAAUUACGAGAUUCUCAGUGAGGGUUACCAGGUGCACGAAUAUGAUCCCGACGCCGAACCGAUGUGCGAGGCAAAGCUCAAGAUCAAUAUCGUGAGAAAUGUGACUGAGACGGAGAACGAGAAUCCGUGCCUCGGACUCGCGCAUCACGAAUACCCGGUAUUGCUGCCUCAUUCGACCAAUUGCAGCUUGUUCUACAAAUGCGAUUGGGGCGUGCCAAUGCUCUUCGAGUGUCCAGAAGAAUUGCACUUUAAUUCCAUUCUCCAAGUAUGCGACUGGCCCUGGCGGGCUGGUUGCGAUUCGUCCUGGCUCGAUUGUCCGCGACCGUUUCCACGAUGUCCGACCAACCACCCGGGCUCGCUACUGCUGCCGCAUCCUUUUCUGUGCGAUCAUUUCUAUCAGUGCGACUGGGGAACACCUCAGUUACAAGCGUGUCCUGCCGGACUUUACUUCGAUCCACGUCUCAAAGUGUGCGAUUGGUCUUACAAUUCCAACUGCCGAAAUUGCUGAGAUAUGAUUACGGAGAAAAGAACCAUACGAUACGUUAAAAAAACAUUGAUGCCGCUUUUUAUUUAAAAAGUGUAUAUAUAUUUAAUAUUUUAACCCUUCGUCCAUAGACAUGGGUCUAUCCAGAAUUAUUCAGAAAUCGCGCAUCGGUGUUUCUAGAAAAAAUUAUUUUUUUUUUAAUGCAUGCUUAA